ACUUCUAUCGCGCAUGGAAGAUGAUCGAAAAGAAGCUACGACCGAAGAGAACGUUAGGAAGAUGACGAGAAUCGCUAAUAUCAGCAGGAGGAUAACAGCUGGAAGUAUCAUUAUGUGUAACUUUCUUGUCUUUACCUAUGUAACAUUAACAACCCUCAUGCUACCGUAUACCGGACGCGUUUUGUAUUAUCACGGUUAUUUUCCAUACGACACCAGUAUCUUUCCGAAUUUCGAAUUAACCCUGAUUGGCCAAAUUACAGCCGAACUUUACGCAGCCAAUAGUUACACAGCUGUCGACACUUUCAUGACUAUGUUGAUGUUACACGUGUGCGGACAAUUUUCGAGUCUAAGAAAAAAAUUGUCCACGUUGCGUUGCGAAAAUAAUAAUAAUUUUCGUACUGAUCUAGCAAGGAUUGUGGAAAAGUACGAUAUGCUUAACAGAUAUGCAGAGACAAUCGAAGACAGAUUCAACGGCAUGCUCCUUAUUCAAAUGCUUGGCUGUACAGUACAACUCUGCGUACAAUCGUAUCAAGUGAUUUCGUCUUUCGUAGAUGACAACCAAGGUUUGCUUCUUGUCCGACUAUUCUUUUUUGCUGUAUACACGACAUACGUCAUGCUUCACAUCUAUCUAUAUUGUUACGUCGGUCAGAAACUUUUUUCCGAGGGAAUUAAAGUGGCUUAUGCAGCGUACGAUUGCAACUGGUACAAUUUAUCACCGAAAGAAGCUAAAAAUCUUACAAUAAUAAUGUCUCGAACACAGAUAGCGUCGCGCAUUACAGCAGGAAAAUUUUGUUCCUUCGAUCAUCAGCUUUUUGGCAACAUUAUAAAAACAUCCAUGGGUUACUUAUCGGUCCUAUAUGCGAUGAAAACCAAAGAUGUCCAUUAAAACAAGUUCUUCGAAAAAGCGAAUUAUUUGAAAUGAAGUUGAAUUAUUCUUGAAUAUUUUUAAAAGUAGUACUGUUUGUUUCAAUGAUAUGA